AUGACAAAUGAAUAUUGCUUGAGGUGCUCAGACAGAGGCUUCUUCGACAAGCUGACCAGAGCUGGAGCCGCUCAUGCAGACGGGAAGUACAAGGACUGCACUGCUUUGGCAUGCUUCAUCGACUGCAACCACAGUCUAGUGGUUGCCCAUGGAGCGACCAUUCUCGUGGUAGCUCUGGCCUACAUUUCCAUCUCUAGGCAUGUAAAAGAAGCCACUAGUGCUGCUGUGUCCAGCAACAUGUACGCGUCGCUGGACCACGUCGCCAUCGGCAUGCAGGCUAUCCUGGCAGCCAACCAUUCCGCCUUCGUAGUUGCAGACAAUCUAGCGGCUACGAGCAACAUGAAUCGCUUAUCUCGCGUGGAACAAAACUUGUUCAUGGCGUUCGCAAUGCAGCCGCACGUGGCUGAGAUGUCAUACACCAGCAUCGACGGCUCCUCCUUCACCUACUACCGUGGCAAGGACAGCCGGCCCAGAAAGAUGUUCAUCAGCAGCCGCGGCAAGUGGUACAAGCAGGCCGUUGAUCCGGUGACCGGUGGCCCCGUCGGAUCCGUCACGGCAAUGCCACCGCCGAAGCGCCUGCCAAACGCCGCACGGGCUCUAGCGGACGCCAAGAGCAGCUCACUGGUGGCCCUCGGGGCCGGGUUGGCCCGCCCAAGCAUCCAGGUGGUGGUUUUAUCCGCACCAGUCGGUGACGCCGGCGUGGUCUUCGCCUCCGUCCCUAUUAGGGACGUUCUACCGAUCGUCGAUCGGGCCGCUGUAGGCUUCGGCUCCGUGGACGCAUACUACUCGAUCAUCGACACUAAGCACAACACAUCUACAGGUUAUAAACCUUUGGUCGUUGGUUCUGACGCGAAAAAGAAGAUGGAGGAUCUGUUCUCAGAUAUCAAAUGCACCGCGUCCACCUUUGAAGCUCCCAAGCUAGAGCUCCAUAACGUUCGGAUCGGGUCCCACCAAAGGGAGUACAGAGUCGCGUGCACGAGCUUCAACCUCUCCAUAGGAGUACACCUGGGACUCCGGCUGGUGUGGCAAAAGGAGGCUAUGUUUCCCGAGAUAGGGGUGGCAGUGGUCUCUGUCUUGUGCUUGCUCGCGCUCAUGGUGGUUGUGGCGUGCUUCUUCAUGGCACGGGCGUUGUGGCGGUCGGGGUCGCGGGAGGCAGCGCUCCAGGGUGAGCUCAUGAGGCAGAAGGAAGCGCUCCAGCAGGCAGAGCGCAAGAGCAUGAAUAAGAGCAACGCAUUCGCGUCCGCCAUCCACGACAUCCGCUCCUCGCUUGCCGCCGUCGCUGGACUCAUCGAUGUCUCCCGAACGGAGGCGCGAGCAAAUCCCAACCUCACCUACUACCUCGACCAGAUGAAGAUUGGCACCAACAAGCUCUUUGAUAUACUUAAUACCAUACUAGACAUGGGCAAGGUGGAGUCCGGGAAGAUGCAAUUGGAGGAGGUGCAGUUCAGCAUGGCUGACGUCCUUGAAGAAUCCAUGGACAUGGCGAACGUCGUCGGUAUGUCUAGAGGCAUUGAGGUGAUUUGGGACCCCUGUGACUUCUCUGUUCUUCGAUGCGAUGUUGUCAUCGGUGACUGCAAGCGCUUCAAACAGAUCCUCGACAACCUUCUUGGAAAUGCCAUCAAGUUCACGCACGACGGUCACGUCGUGCUCCGCGCCUGGGCCAACCGCCCUGUCAACAGGACUUCCAUGAUCAACACCCCAUCUAGGUUCGCCCCCCGCUGGCGUGCGAGCGUGUUCUAUCGGUGGCUGCUAGGAACAAGGGAAGAAGGUGCCGAGCAGAAUGCUCGCCGAUCACUUCUUCAGAAUGAUCCUAACGCUAUUGAGUUUUACUUUGAGGUAGUUGAUACAGGUGUUGGGAUCCCAAAGGAAAAAAGGGAAUCUGUGUUUGAAAACUACGUUCAGGUAAAAGAAGGGCAUGGUGGCACCGGCCUAGGCCUAGGCAUCGUUCAAUCCAUUGUACGUUUGAUGGGUGGCGAAAUAAGCAUCAAGGACAAAGAGCCAGGAGAAGCGGGAACGUGCUUCGGAUUAAACGUCUUCCUCAAGAUCAGCGACGCUGAAGAGCACAUCGAGCACGGGAGGGCGGUGCCGUCCCUAUUCAGGGAGCCUGGCUGCUUCAAGGGUGGGCAGUGCGUCCUCCUAGUCCAUGGGGACGAGACCCGGCGAAUCCUCCAUUCAUGGAUGGAGAACGUCGGGAUGAAGGUCUGGCCCGUCCCGCGUGCCGAGCUCCUCGCCCAGACAAUGGAAAAGGCACGCGCCACCGUGGGUGCCUCACAGUCUAGGCCAGCGUCGAUCUCUUCGUCGCAGGGAGGUGGUGAUGACUUGGAAGGUGUAGCUGACCGCUGCUUCAGCUCCAAAGAGAUGGUCACCCAGGUCCUACGGAACAGCAGCGGCAGCCACGUGGGGCACCUCCACCCCUUUGGCCUACUCGUUGUUGUCGACAUCUCCGGUGGGAGGCUCAAUGAGAUCCUCCAGGAGGCGCCGAGCCUCGCGCGGAUCAAGCACCAAGUUCCGUGCAGGGUGGCUUGCAUUACUGACCUCAAGACCUCCUCCGAGGAUUUGAGGAUGCUCAAGGAGGCGGCGAGCUGCGACAUGGACCUGCGCAAGCCGAUCCACGGCUCUCGGCUGCGCCAGCUCCUCCAGGUCAUGAGAGAGCUCCAAGCCUCUCCGUUUCCGCAACAACUUCCGCAUCAGGUUGGGGUCACCAUCAAUGAGCUGCCAACCGCAGAUCAGGCCGCUGCAGCGUCAUCUGAAAUCACAUCUGCGGUGACAGUGCCCCAGGAGCCGCCCAGGCUUGGAGACGACAAGCCUCUGGAGGCCACUGCCGCGUCAUCUGAAACCACGUCUGCGGCGGCAGUGCCCCAGGAGCUUCCCAAGCUUGAAGAUGACAGGCCUCUGGAAGGGAAGCGUGUCCUGCUGGUGGAAGACACGAGGGUGCUGCAGUUUAUCCAAAAGAAAAUGCUGAGCACUCUAGGUGCAACUGUUAUGGUAGCAGCGGAUGGAUCCGAGGCUGUGGCAAUGUUCAUCAAUGCUCUUGAGAUUGCAAGUGGUGGUGCUUCUUCAGAGGAACGGUUGGUCUUGCCCUACGACGUGAUAUUCAUGGAUUGCCAGAUGCCGGUGAUGGAUGGCUAUGAAGCGACAAAGCGCAUCCGCAUGGAAGAAAGCCGUUACGGGAUCCACACCCCAAUCAUCGCGCUGACCGCGCACUCUGAGGAGGAGUACCUGCAGAAGACCAUCCAAGCAGGGAUGGAUCUUCACCUGACUAAGCCAAUACAGAAGGAGCAACUUGUGGAGGUUGUUCAUCAGGUGUGGAAGGAACAUAACUGAUGAAUGAUGAUAUUUGUUUCUCUGGUGGCAUCGAGACGUGUGUAGUUUUCCAGUAAUUAUAUA